AUGCUUCUGUUUCUGUUUCCAUUUGAUUUAGAUGUAGACAAUGUUAACCUGCUAAGUCCAGUGACCUCUGUUCAACUUGGUGAUCCUGUAACCUUGCUAUGUGUUUUCCCAGAAGAAGAAUUAAACGAUGAGCAAAUGCACUGGUACAAGCAAACUGUGGGAGAUAUUCCACAACUUGUCGCAUCAAUGCAUAAAUAUUUAACAAAGCCUUUGUUUCACUCUGGAUUUAAUAAUUCACACUUCAAUGUAAAAUUGGCUCAACGUAUUUAUCGCCUUACUAUCAUGAAGACGUUCCCAGAAGAUGAAGCCAUGUACUAUUGUGCAAUUGGAAGAGAGAUGACUGUGAAGUUUAGAGAUGGCACAUUUCUGUCUUUAAAAGGUAAAAUAAUUGUACUUUAUAUUUAUAGGUUAUGUCAAUUGGAUAAUAAUUUGUUCAGUAAUUAAACAAAACAUUUGCUUGGUACAUUAGUAAUUUCUCAGCUAACAGAAUGAUUGCACUAAAAUAUGUUUAUCUUAUAUUAUUUGAACAUUUGAUAAUUACUCAAAAUGUUCUGAUUAAUUUAGGAAACGGUCAGAGGUCUGACUACCAGACAGUGGACCAGCAGCCAGAAUCUGACCCAGUCUAUCCAGGAGACUCUGUGACUCUACAGUGUAAAGUACUCUCUGAGACCUGUACAGGAGAACACAGUGUGUACUGGUUCAGAGCCGGAUCAGGAGAAUCCCAUCCAGGAGUCAUUUACACCCCUGGGAACAGGAGUGAUGAGUGUGAGAAGAGCCCUGAGACUCCCUCUCCUACACAGAGCUGUGUCUACAGCCUCUCCAAGAACAACCUCAGUCUCUCUGAUGCUGGGACUUACUACUGUGCUGUGGCCACAUGUGGGGACAUCCUGUUUGGCAAUGGAACAAAACUUAACAUCAUUAAAGGUACAACUUCUUGUUAAAUUGAUAAAGCACCUUACACUUGAAAAUCUUUAUCCAAACAUUCAAGCAAAUUUUAUAGAUACCAUUAUUUAGUUUAAAUAGGUCAAAGACAAAUAAAUUGUCUUAUCAUGCUUAACAUAAAACAUAAAAAGCAUGUUGAAUGUAUUUCGUACCAGGAAACACAGUGGAUCCCAUUGUCCUCAGCUUGGGAGCAGCAGUGGCUUUUUGUGUGAUUCUAAUUUUUAUUCUCGCUUGUACCAAAAACAAGAGGCAAACAUGUGAUCAUUGUAAAGGUAAGUCAUUUUAGAGAUACAUAUCUAUUGGUUUGUGUCAAAUGUGUUAGCUAUGAUCAUUUAUAAGUAAAAUCUCAACUCAUGCUCUGAUUCAGCGCUGAAUUAUACUGAAUAUUCCAUCUUCAUGCUUGGGUUUCUGUCUGUUGAUACAGCAAGUGUCUCUCAGCAUACUCACCAUGAUGAUAACCUCUCACCAGAGCAGUCAAGUGGUCAGGUAUGUAACAUCUAUAUUAUCCAAUGUGUGAAAACAAGAGGUACAUUGCCAGUUCCACAGGAGUGUGUAUAUUAGUGUAUAUGUGUAUAUUUAUGGAUACAUCACUAAGUACAGCAGUAACCAAUGAGAUGUUGCAGCAGUGUUGUGUGUCAGAAAGAAAACAUGUAUUUCAAUAUAUUGUUAAUUAUAACCUGCAGCUAUAAUUUGGCCAGCUCUCAGUUGAUGAAAAUAGUGUUUGUUUUAUUAAAACAUUGGUUUUGCAUAGCCAUAGCCUGUCAUUAACUAGUAGGAAAAAACGUGACACUAAAAUCUGAUCCACGUUAGAUCUGUGUUACAGCACGCGUGACAAAAAAGCUGCAUUGUCGGCGGUCCAGCGCCCUGUGCUAUGAAUUUAAUCUUAGCCUCAGAAUGCACAUUUCACUUGACCAUGUUAUUGUUAAUGUUAUUAUUUGGACUUUUCUGUUAUUGUGCACAAUGGAGUUAUUAUUUACUGUACUCUAUUCCUUAGGUGCCAAACACAUAUAUGUUGAAUUAUGCUGCAUUGCAUUUCUCUGAGAGGAAAACUAAAAGAGGAAGAAAGAAGAGAGAGUCACCACAGGAGAGUGUGUACUCUGAUGUCAGGUACUCAGACUGGGACUGAACGUUGUUUAUGUGCAGAGGAAUGGGUGUAGUUUGGUCAAUAAACUAUCUUUAAUAUAGAUGUAUAUAAUGUAUUCAGACAGUCAUGACAUUUUAGCCUCACUGAUACUAUAAUGUAUAAUAGAAUAAGCUUGUUCUUCUAGAACUGUUCUCUGUCAGAGCACCACUGUUAUGGAAAGGCUUGUCCUGUCAUGUAGAGGGCCAGAAACCAUUGAGGUCUUCGAAUCAUGCCGGAAAAUCCACCGUUUUAGCUUGGCCUUUAACCUUAAUCUGUGAUUGUAUUGUUAUUUUAGACUUCCUUAGUGAUUCAAUGUUCUCCACUUGUAUCGUAUCUCUUGUAUCUCAGCCCUUUGAUGAGACAUACUAUUUAACAGUGAGCCAAACUCAGUGGCCUUGUGCUUAGUGACCACCAUGAGAUCAGAAGGUUGAGGGUUUGAUCCCCGGUCGAGUCACACCAAUUACUCUAAAAAUGGGACCAAAUGACUCUCUGCUUGGCACUCAGCGUAAACAAGAUGGAUUGGGUUAAGUGUCCUGUCCAGGGGGUAUGCUUUUACAUCAAGCUGCCUUCCGCAAUGGAAUCAGGAGAUAGGCUUCUGCCCCUAUGAGCCGUUCUGACUCAGACAAGGAUUACUUACUUACCUAUUGUUCUACUGUAAAAUGUGAUGCAAUUUAAAUGUUUUUCAAAGAAAAUUAGAGUUGUUCAGCCCCCAUUUGAAGUAAUUUUACUCUAUUUGCAAUAAUGUAUAAUUGUAUUAUGGUUAUUUUUUCAUUCAUAUUUCACAAAUGUAUGAUGGUUGUGGUAUUUACUGUAACCCAUGAAACAAACAAGAUAGCAUAACUUCAUAAACAUUGAAUAUAAUGUAGGUUAUUUACAUUCUACAGUAUUUAUUUAGUUCCAACAGCAUACUGUAUUUAUAGCUGUAAUGUACCAGCAUGUACCAGUAGGGCUGUGUCAAAUCAUCAAACCAAUUUAUCAUUAAACAUUGUCUGAUUCAUAACAUUAUUUACAAUUGAGCUUUUAAUAAUGGUACAAAGGGUGAUUUACACAACUGUCAUCAAAGGUCAACUCUUGAAAUUGACUACAAAUUAAACAUACUGCAAAUGUAUUUGUCACGCCCUGGCUCUGGGGACUCUUAUAUGUUGAGCCAGGGUGUGUAGGGUCUAUGUUUUGUGUUCUAUGUUCAGGUUCUAGUUCAUGUUUUUUCUAGGUUGGCCGGGGUGGUUCUCAAUCAGAGGCAAUGAGAAUCAGCUGUUGCUUGUUGUCUCUGAUUGGGAACCAUACUUAGGCAGCCUGUUGUGCACUUGUGUUUUGUGGGAUCUUGUUCCGUGUUAGUUUGUGUUCAUGACCGAGGACUUCACGUUUCGUUUUGUUGUUUUGUAUUUUUGUAUCGUGUUGCACUAUUAAAGAGAUGUAUGCAUAUCACGCUGCGCCUUGGUCCAAUCAUUAUGACGAGCAUGACAGUAUUCACUCUUGGUUCCUGAAAUAAUCAAAGAAACAAAAAAAGCACAAGCCAGGUUUGGUUAGUAACUCUGGGAAUUACACUCAUUUAAACUGUAGAAAACAAACUGUAAUCUAAAAAAAGAUUGCUUGUUUCUGUCUGGUUGCAACUUCCAAUGGUGGACCGACUUGAUGCUCCCACUGUUCUUUCAUUUAUUUCUCCUGGUUCCAGUUGUCUUGGUGGUAAAGGUCACUGCAGUGUAUUGUAGCCAGUCACCACUGAAUCCAUGAGAAGAAACAUGGAGAAAAAAACUACAAUUCCUAAGAUGAGUGAAUCAUUUCCACAAGUCUUUGUUACAGAACAGUAGAGUGGCAUAGCAGGCAUCUCAAAUUGCUGGUCUCAGUAAAUAAUAUAGCAUUGAUGUUGAUCAUUAAGUAAGAUAGUAGUCACAUACUUUUUUGUAAGCUAGUAUUUGUACCAUUUUACCCAACUGGUCAGCAUUGAGAAUGCCAUCACAGAUUUGUAGAGAAGUGUCAUCUGUUUUCAUAGCAGAAUUCAAUGAAAUUAUUAGAAGAUCAUUAGAAACAGUAUGGUAAAACUAACUAAUCACUAACCAAUCAUGUCAAAUAUUUUCUCCAAACACCCAAUGACGCCUACUAAUCAGUAUUCUAUACAAAGUCAAGGUUGAAAUCGCACUUCCACAUCAAACUGAGAAGUACCACAAUAACCUUGACUCUGAUCAUCUUGGCCAGUAUGUAGAUGUUACACUUCUGAUGCACUUGUCCUCUGCCCAUGAAAUGCAAAAUGUGACUAUAUUAUAGGCACAUCUAAACUCACAGACAUAUCUAAUAGGCUGAAGAAAACAAAAUCAUGCUACACUUCCUGUACAUUUUUCCCUCCAACAACCUGGUUGGUUACCUAAACAUACAGUAUUUCCAGUGCUAAAGACACUGCACUUGUCAAUGUAUCAACUAUGUAGGUUACGUGGCCCAAAUGUUUACCGAGGAAGAAUAGUGUUUUGGAGGACGCUUUGCCUGUGGAAUGAAAUGCUAGCAAGCUAAAGAAUGAUGUUGGAGGUGAAACCUGGACUGCCAAUGCUCAUGGGUGGAACUUGCGCUCCGUGCGUGAUACUGUCUGUGUCCGCCAUCGGUGUCACUGACACUGCGGUGAAGAACAACGAACACAGUGCCAAUAUCUUCACUUUUCUUACUGGAGAACUUGGUCUUACUGAGGACAGGAUCGUGAUCAGGUUCUAUGCACUGGAGCCACAUCAGGUCGGAAAGGAAGGAACUGUUAUGAGUUACCUGUAGGAGGCACUAUGGACGACAGAGUGACUUCAAGCAUCCAUUCCACAACAGUUGCCAUCGGCGAGAACAAACCCUGCCAGUGGAUUUCCACCACUCAAUUGGACAUGAGUGCCACAUGUCAUCAUUAAGACUUGUAUUGCAUUUUAUCAUAAUGGAAUUUGAUCCCAUGGAAUUUGACCCAAUGACACUAUGCCCUGGAACCAGGACUUGUUCAUUUCAAUUACUGUACAUGUCUGCAAUAGUAAACCAGGGAUGUAGCUCUGUUGGUAGAGCAUGGCGUUUGCAACGCCAGGGUUGUGGGUUUGAUUCCCACGGGAGGUAUGAAAAAAUAAUGUAUGCACUCACUAACUGUAAGUCGCUCUGGAUAAGAGCGUCUGCUAAAUGACGUAAAAUGUAAAAAAUAGAAAAUAAAUACAUGACAAUAUGGCAAUGGCCAAUAGACUACCAAGCUAGAUGCACAAUAAUCUGGUAGCUAUUUCUGCAUUUUAUGAGCAAGUCACAGAAUAAUGAUGAUUUUGAUGGGUACAUUUCUAGCUAACUGAUUAGAUAGACGAUUAGGUUUAGAUAACCUAAGCAAAUGCAGGCUACCUAGCAAGGUAAGUAAUUUAGAUAGAGGCUACAUCUGGCUGCUUUCAUGUGAAAAAUACCUAGCUAAUCAUCAUACAUGCUAAAAAAGCUAUUGGUAACACCGGGGUGCUGUACAUGAACAAAGUGGAAAACCACUGGCAGAUAACUUUUAUUAUUUUUAUCUAAAAAAAGGCUUAAUACAAGUAAAUGAUCUUACUUCAAAAUAUUUGUGAAAAUAUUUUACCUUGAAGUCUAGGUAGCAGAUAAACGACCUUAUAAGAUAUGUAUGAAGUUGGUGCUGUAUAUGAAGGAACAUGGGUUCUACAUGGGUUCUAACUUGAACAAUUAAUUGUUAGUUUAAAAUUGUACAAUUUAUGCUCCCUGCAUGUAAAAUCCACGAAGACUGCCGGAAACCCCCGAACGCAAGAUCAUAAUUUCUCAGAUUCACAAGGUGAAGGAAAAUAUUGCCUGUACCCUACUGUACAUGGUGGAGGAACAUAUUGCCUGUACCCUGCUGUACAUGGUGAAGGAAAAUAUUGCCUGUACCCUACUGUACAUGGUGGAGGAACAUAUUGCCUGUAGCCUACUGUACAUGGUGGAGGAAAAUAUUGCCUGUAGCCUACUGUACAUGGUGGAGGAACAUAUUGCCUGUAGCCUACUGUACAUGGUAAGCUGUAAGUGGCACUUAACUUUUUAGUAUGAACAACAGCUGUGAGGACUUUCUACAAUAUUCACAACAUAUUGACACAAUUACAAUCUUUAUAGAAUACAAAUCUAAUUUCAUCAGGUCUCUUGUGGAGGAGGAGGUCAAAGGGGGGUGAAUGUAUCCGAGGUGAUUUGGAAUCACACUCUCGUGAUGAGGUAGCCCUGCCAGCACCUUUUAAACCCAAUGUCAGGAGGGAAUUUCCUCUUGGUCAAAUGCAGGGUUUCUUAAACUAUAGGUCAGAACCCAAAGUGGGCCCUGGGCAUGUGAGAGGUGGGUCGCAAGUUAUGAGAAUACAUCUAUAAUCACACACUAUUUAUUCUUGAUUUGGGUAGUUGGAGGAUGAUUUGGGUCACGGGAGUACAGUUCAUUUCUCAUUUGAGUCUUGAGCUGAAAAGUUUAAGAAAUGGUCUAGACGUUGGUUUCCUGAGUGGUCCCCUGGUUAGUCUGUUUAGCCUGUCACUUGAGAGCUUUAAGGAAAUCAUCUAUGACCGAUGGCAUUUGAUCUGAACCACGUAACAAACUCACCCUAAAGAUCGAUGUCCGCGCCCCCGUGGAAAUCAAAAUUAACAUAAUUAAACAUUCCCCAUAAAAAUCGGUCAAAUUAAGCUAGAGAUAUCUGUUUGUUUUGCAUUGGAUGCGUCUCAAUCCACCGCAUCCAUCUAUGUAACACUUCCGCAUAUGCGGUGAAAGGUGACAGAGCUGGAGCGGUGUUUGUCAGACCAUGAGACAACCCUGAAAAUCGGUCUUCUCACAAAAUCAUCUGUAGCAUCUGAAUGGUUUGGUUAACAUUAAAUAUUAUGACCCCUCUAUGGAAAGAUGAGAUUCUCAAAAACACUAUGGUGUUCUCCGUUUUGCUCUACAACCCCCACAAGCGUCUUGUGACUCAUCUGAAGUCGGUACAGCCGAUCUGACAACUUCUGUCUGUAGUUUGGGCUACACACUGCUAUGACCCCUCUGUGUAAAGAUGAGACUCUCACCAACACGUACAUUUCAGUUGUUUUCUCUAGGAUGCCCACAGGCCUCACAAGACUUGUCUGAAGGUACCCCGGUACCAUUUGAAAAAAAUUAUGGAACUAUAUAUGGAGACCAGUGGAGGCUGCUGAGGGGAGGACGGCUCAUAUAAAUGGCUGGAAAGGAGCGACUGGAAUGGCAUCAAAUACCUGGAAACCAUGUGUUGGAUGUAUUUGAUACCAUUCCACCCAUUUCUCUCCAGCCAUUACCUGGAGACCAUUACAUGGAAACAUGGACUAUCUGUUGUUCCAUUUAGUGAAUCUGUUAUUCAAUGUGUUUGUAUGGGCUAAUAGCAGUAAGGCCAAAAAUCAAAUACUUUUGCUACAUUUUUUUUUUUAUACUUCAAGGGCUCUUAAAAUCCCAAAUUAAAUUGCAAAAUGAUCCUUGGUAUGGCCUUAAAGAAAUUCCAUAUUGCUUAUUAGAACCCAGCCCCCCUCCCCCGAUUUAGACAGGGCUUAGGUUCUUAAGGUCAAGACAAAAGUUAUGUUAAUGUUCAAGUGCAUUUUCAGUCAGAUAUUUUUAUGCCAAAAACAAUUAAAUGAAACAGGACAAGUAAAAAGGGCAGGGAAUAUAUAGCAAUUGUACUGUCCAGACAAACAGAAAAAAUAAGAAAUUCAUUGAUAUAGUUAGUUAGACAAAUUAUUUAAGUGUCAAUCCACAAUGAUACAAUAAUACACAAUGCAGACUUUUUUUUAAACCACAUUGAGACCACAUUUGAGACACUAAAAGCAAUCAUGGUCAAACAUGGUAGAGGCGUCAUCUAUAAUGUCUCCCGAGUGGCGCAGUGGUCUAAGGCACUGCAUCACAGUGCUAGCUGUGCCACUAGAGAUCCUGGUUCGAAUCCAGGCUCUGUCGUAGCCGGCCGCGACCGGGAGACCCAAUGGGGCGGCGCACAAUUGGCCCAGCGUCGUCCAGGGUAGGGGAGGGAAUGGCCGGCAGGGAUGUAGCUCAGUUGGUAGAGCAUGGCGUUUGCGACGCCAGGGUUGUGGGUUCAAUUCCCAAGGGGGGCCAGUAAGAAAAAUAAACUAACUGUAAGUCGCUCUGGAUAAGAGCGUCUGCUAAAUGACUAAAAUGUAAAUGUAUGUAUAAUACAUUACAUCAUCUAUACACAUGACUCCAUACAACAACCAAAAAGUACUGUGGAUAAAAGGAUAAUUAGGCACUUAAAAAUAAACAAUAUAUGAGACACCAUAGUAUACAGUAACAUGAAAGCUACGGUGGUGACCUUAUGACAUAACAGGCAUUUCAGGUUUACAAAAGAAAUGUCAAGGGUUGGAAAAUUUUACAGGAAGUAUUGCACACCAUGUUCCAGCCAAUGAGGUAUGUUUUCAAAUUUGAAUACUUGAGUUCUCAUUUAAGCACAGAACAAAUCAACACUACCAACCCAGAGGCUACAUACCAUGAUGAUCAGAUUAGGGGUUGCUGUGAUUCUUCUCAGUGCCGUGUGUAAGUACAAUUUCAUCACUGGUAGUAUAUGAAAAAUAUUGUUGUUGUGGUGCCGUGCAUUUCAAUAUAGUUCAAGUUUCUUGAAGGAUAGCAUACAUUGACAUUUAGAAUGUUCAACCAACACACAUACCAUCUAAAAAUAAAGAAUAACUUGAGUCAGUGUCAAUAAACAACGUAAGCAAAAGAAAGGUAAAACAUCUGGAAGGAUUUUCACAUCUUGAUUUUGUACUUUUAUAAUUUUUUUCACAGACUAUUCUUUUCUCUUGUUUAACAUUUGUCCUUCUCUGUGUGAUAACUGCAGUAUGCUUGUGUUUCUGUUUCCAUUUGAUUUAGAUGUAGACAAUGUUAACCUGCUAAGUCCAGUGACCUCUGUUCCACUUGGAGAUCCUGUAACCCUGCUAUGUGUUUUCCCAGAAGAAGAAUUCAGCGAGAAGCAAAUGCACUGGUACAAACAAACUGUGGGAGGUAUUCCACAACUUGUCGCAUCAAUGCAUAAAUAUUUAACAGAGCCUGGGUUUCACUCUGGAUUUAACAAUUCACACUUCAAUGUAAAAUUGGAUCAGAUGAUGUUUGGCCUUACUAUCAUGAAGACGUUCCCAGAAGAUGAAGCCAUGUACUAUUGUGCAAUUGGAAUAGAGAUGACUGUGGAGUUUAGAGAUGGCACAUUUCUGUAUUUAAAAGGUAAAGAAUGUUGUAUUGAUGUCUACAAGUUAUGUUAAUUGGACAAUAAUUUCUUCAGUAAUAAGAAAAACUAUGUGCUCGCCACUUUUGUGAUUGCAGUAAAAUAUGUUAUUUUAUAUUAUUUGAAAGUCUAAUAAUUACUCAAUAUGUUCUGAUUAAUUUAGGAAACGGUCAGAAGUCUGACUACCAGACAGUGGAGCAGCAGCCAGAAUCUGACCCAGUCUAUCCAGGAGACUAUGUGACUCUACAGUGUACAGUACUCUCUGAGACCUGUACAGGAGAACACAGUGUGUACUGGUUCAGAGCCGGAUCAGGAGAAUCCCAUCCAGGAGUCAUUUACACCCCUGGGAACAGGAGUGAUGAGUGUGAGAAGAGCCCUGAGACUCCCUCUCCUACAAAGAGCUGUGUCUACAGCCUCUCCAAGAACAACCUCAGUCUCUCUGAUUCUGGGACUUACUACUGUGCUGUGGCCACAUGUGGGGAAAUCCUGUUUGGCAACGGGACAAAACUUAACAUUAAAGGUCAAUAUUUUUGUUAAAUUGACAAAGCACCUUACACUUGAAAAUCUUUAUGCAAACAUUCAAACAUAUUUUAUAGAUACCAUUAUUUAGUUUAAAUGUGUCAAAGCGAAAUAAAUUGUGUUAUCAACUAUGCAUGCUUAACAUAAAACAUAAAAAGCAUGUUGAAUUUAUUUCGUACCAGGAAACACAGUGGAUCCCAUUGUCCUCAGCUUGGGAGCAGCAGUGGCUUUUUGUGUGAUUCUAAUUUUUAUUCUCGCUUGUACCAAAACCAAGAGGCAAACAUGUGAUCAUUGUAAAGGUAAGUAAUUUUAGAGAUACAUAUCUAUUGGUUUGUGUCAAACAUGUUAGCUAUGAUCAUUUAUAAGAAAAAGCUCACCUCAUGUGAUUCAGCGCUGAAUGUUACACUGUAUAUUCGGUCUCCAUUUUCAUGCUUGGGUUUCUAUCUGUUGAUACAGCAAGUGUCUCUCAGCAUACUCACCAUGAUGAUAACCUCUCACCAGAGCAGUCAAGUGGUCAGGUAUGUAACAUCUAUAUUAUCCAAUGUGUUAAAACAAGAGGUAUAUUGCCUGUAACACAGGAGUGUGUAUAUUAGUGUAUAUGUGUAAAUGUGUCAAUAAAUCACUAAGUACAGCAGUAACCCAUGAGAUGUUGCGGCAGUGUUGUGUGUCAUAAAGAAAACCUACAUUGAAAUAUAUUACUAAUUAGAACCUGCAGCAAUAAUUUGGCCAGCUCUCAGUUGAUCAAAAAAGUGGUUGAUAGUUUUAUUUCGAAGUAUAAGUACAUUUUAGACGUGGGGCUUUAAGAUGUUAAAUUACCCUCAUAUUUACUAGCUUAUUUAUUGUCCAGAAAUCUGUAGUGUAACUUAAAAUGUUAUAUUGAACAAUGUCAACAAAGUAAAUGCUUUAGAAAAGUGUUUGUUUUAUUAAAACAUUGGUUUUGCAUAGCCAUAGCCUGUCAUUAACUAGUAGGAAAAAACGUGACACUAAAAUCGGAUCCACGUUAGAUCUGUGUUACAGCACGCGUGACAAAAAAGCUGCAUUGUCGGCGGUCCAGUGCCCUGUGCUAUGAAUUUAAUCUUAGCCUCAGAAUGCACAUUUCACUUGACCAUGCUAUUGUUAAUGUUAUUAUUUGGACUUUUCUGUUAUUGUGCACAAUGGAGUUAUUAUUUACUGUACUCUAUUCUUUAGGUGUCAAACAUAGAUAUGUUGAAUUACACUGCAUUGAAUUUCUCUGAGAGGAAGACUAAAAGAGGAAGAAAGAAGAGAGAGACACCACAGGAGAGUGUGUACUCUGAUGUCAGGUACUCAGACUGGGAGUGA